CCGCUGCAGAUGACUCGGGCGACGAGGAGCCGACGUCGCAGUCGGACCGCAGCGAGAUCCAGGGCACCCUGAAGACGCUGGCCAGCAAGCUGGACGAUCUGAGCACGUGCAACGACCUGAUCGCCAAGCACGGCGCGGCACUGCAGCGCUCGCUGAGCGAGCUCGAGGCCCUGCGCGUGCCCGUGGAGGGCGGCGAGAAGAUCAAGGCCGUCAACGAGCGCGCCACCCUCUUCCGCAUCACCUCCAAUGCUAUGAUCAAUGCGUGCCGAGACUUCCUGGACUUAGCGGAGAGCCACAGCCGGCGAUGGCAGCGCGUUCUUCAAUAUGAGCGGGAGCAGCGCACCCACCUGGAGGAGACCAUCGAGCAGCUAGCCAAGCAGCACAACAGCCUGGAGCGCGCCUGGAGAGAGGCCCCCACGCUCGCCACCAACACACCCGACACCCCCACCACCGAGCAGGGGAGUGAGAGGCCGCAGAAAGAGGAGGCCAGUGAUGAAGAUGAGGAUACAGAGUACUUCGACGCCAUGGAGGAUUCCCCAGCCUUUAUCACAGUAACUGCCGCCGACCUCUCGCAACACAGACGCUCUCAGAGUAACCUUAGUGGAGCUAGUGGAGGACACCCCAACGAUUGGAACCAGGAAGACCAUAUGAUGUCUCCCAGCUGUAAUGAUCUGUCAGGGAAGGAGCUGAAGCCGCGUAAGCGGAGGCGGACUCACAUCGCAGACAAGCCCAACUACUCCCUCAACCUGUGGAGCAUCAUGAAGAACUGCAUCGGCAAAGAGCUCUCCAAAAUCCCCAUGCCUGUGAACUUCAACGAGCCUCUGUCCAUGCUGCAGCGUCUGUCGGAGGACCUGGAGUACCACGAGCUGCUGGACAAGGCGGCGCGCUGCGAGAGCUCGCUGGAGCAGAUGUGCCUGGUGGCGGCCUUCUCCGUCUCGUCCUACUCCACCACCGUGCACCGCACCGCCAAGCCCUUCAACCCGCUGCUGGGCGAGACCUUCGAGCUGGACCGCCUGGACGACUACGGCUACCGCUCGCUGUGUGAGCAGGUGAGCCAUCACCCCCCGGCGGCUGCCCACCACGUCUUGUCACAGCGCGGCUGGACCCUGUGGCAGGAGAUCACCAUCGCCAGCAAGUUCCGCGGGAAAUACCUCUCCAUCAUGCCUCUGGGUAACAUUCACCUGACGUUCCAUGCGACUGGGAACCACUACGUGUGGAGGAAAGUGACCUCAACAGUACACAAUAUUAUAGUGGGGAAGCUGUGGAUCGAUCAGUCUGGGGACAUUGACAUAGUCAACCACAGAACCAAGGAGACGUGUCAGCUCAAGUUCUCCCCCUACAGCUACUUCUCCCGAGAAGUCCCGCGCAAAGUGACAGGGGUGGUGACGGACUGUGAUGGACAGGCACACUACGUCCUGUCGGGGACGUGGGAUGACAAGCUGGAGAGUGCCAAGAUCGUCCACAGCAGCCGUGGGAGCAGCAGCUCAGAGGGCAAACAGAAGACGGUCUACCAGACGCUCAGCCCCAAACUGCUCUGGAAGAAGUACCCACUACCGGAGAACGCGGAGAACAUGUACUAUUUCUCGUCGCUGGCGCUGACGCUGAACGAGCUGGAGGACGGCGUGGGCCGGACGGACAGCCGCCUGCGGCCCGACCAGCGUCUGAUGGAGGCCGGCCGCUGGGACGAGGCCAACAUGGAGAAGCAGCGUCUGGAGGAGAAGCAGCGCGCCGCGCGACGCCGGAGAGACACCGAGGCCACCGACGCCCAGGACGAUGGUCGUGAGUACGAGGGCUACCAGCCUCUCUGGUUCCACAAGCGGACUGACCCCAUCACCGCGGAGACGAACUUCAUAUACAAAGGGGGCUACUGGGAGGCCAAAGACCGGCAAGACUGGAGCAUGUGCCCAAGCAUCUUCUGAGUCGCCUCGCCUCGCCGGCCUCUCCUGCUGCUCCUGCUGCUGCUGCUGCUGCUGUUGGGUCCUGCAGACACCCCCUUAACCCCCACCACCCUACCCCCCGACUCCCCAAAAGAAAGCCCAAGACGGAUGACACACUCUGGGUUCCUGGGGUCUGAUCCCUGGGAGGAGCCUCCAGAGUGGAAUGAAGCAGAACCGACCCGAACAGACAAGAACACAACAGAGUGGCCUGGAUUUAGGAGCUUCAGUUGUGUGGACAUUACUACUGCUGUGGCUGCUACUGCUGUGUGUGUGUGUGUGUGUGUGUGUGUGUGUGUGUGUGUGUGUGUGUGUGUGUGUGUGUGUGUGUGUGUGUGUGUGUGUGUGUGUGUGUGUGUGUGUGUGUGUGUGUGUGUGUGUGUGUGUGUG